AUGAAUAAUACGUAUAUUGCUCCUGAAGGGCGCCGCAAGAGGCCCAGAGAAAGGGACGACGACGCGGGGCUUGGGCAAGGGUGCAAUAACUCCAGACACCGGACUGAUGAUGUUCCUAACGCCAUCGGAGCUAGUAGUGCUAGUUUGCGCAAGAGGAAGCUCGAGUAUAAAGAUUACACUGUAGCUUGGAUCUGCGCUCUGCCCAAGGAACGUGCAGCCGCCACGGCGAUGCUCGACUGCAGACACGACGGCCUUCCGCGGCUCCCUGGUGAUACCAACUCCUACAGCUUUGGAAAUAUUGGACAGCACAAUGUUGUUAUCACUUGUUUACCCUCGGGUCACUACGGCACUGUUAACGCGGCAGUGGUAGCAAACAAUCUGGCCCGGAGUUUUCCGAAGAUCAUAUUCAGACUCAUGGUCGGGAUCGGAGGUGGCGUCCCAAACAUCCCUAGCAUUGAUAUCCGUCUCGGUGAUGUAGUUGUUGGCCAUAACGUUCUGCAAUAUGAUCUAGGAAAGACAACUCAGGGAGGCGAGUUCCACUGCACAAGUGAUCCAGUCAAACCUCCCCCAGAGAUGCUGACAGCCGUCUCUGACUUACGAGCAAGCCACGAAUAUGAACAAUCGCAAAUUCCAGCUAUUCUUUUAGACGUAUACAGCCGCGUCCCAGGAAUGAAACAAUAUCAAAAUCCCGUUAACUGUCUAGAUCGUCUGUUUGACAGCACUUAUGAACAUGCGCUGAAUAUAGAGAAUUGUGACCAAUGCGAUCAGUCAAGGCUUAUCGAGCGUCUUCCCCGAGCAAGUACAGCGCCACAAAUACAUUACGGAACAAUUGCCUCCGGAAACAGGGUUAUGAAACAUGCCGAGUCGAGAGAUAACUGGGCAGAAAAGGGUUGUUUAUGCUUUGAGAUGGAGGCCGCGGGCUUGAUCGACAACUUUCCGUGCCUUGUUAUUCGAGGAAUCUGUGACUACUGUGACUCGCACAAAAGCAAAGAGUGGCAAGAGUAUGCGGCAACUACUGCAGCAGCAUAUGCCAAGGAACUUCUCUUGGUCAUACAGCCUACUUCGGAACCAGGCCUGGAGGGUGGCAGCCCUACACCUGUUGAACUGGAUAAAGAACCAGUUUCAGACAGGGAAUUGAGAGUAAAAUUGGAGAAGCUGUAUAACUCGUUAGAAUUUGAUCAAAUGGAUGAUCGAUUUCAACAAAUUAAAAGACCGCAUCUUAGGACCUGCAAUUGGCUGCUAGGCACUGACAAAUAUUCGGCCUGGAUGGAGCCGGGGAAGAUUCGACAACACGGAGGCUUUUUAUGGAUAAAAGGGAAACCUGGGUCUGGAAAGUCGACAAUGAUGAAAUUCAUUUUUGAAAGUAGUUGGAAGCAGAGACGAGAUCAAGCAAUUCUUAGUUUCUUCUUCAACGCACGGGGUCAUGACUUGGAAAAAUCAACGGCCGGACUCUAUCGAUCGAUACUAUUUCAGCUUCUCAACCAUGACCCCGAACUAAAGCUUAUCCUUAAAAGUCAUCUUCAGCAUUUUAGUCGUGAGCCCCGGCCAAAAUGGACAGACGAGUUGCUAAAAGAGCUCAUCGAGGAAGCAAUUGAGCGUCUUACCUCAUCUGUGGUAUGUUUUAUCGAUGCUCUUGAUGAAUGCCAAGACGAGGAGGUCCGAGAUAUGGUGGCCUUCUUUGAACGCUUGGGAGAGCUUGCUAUCGCUAAUGGUGUUGGGCUUCUCGUAUGCUUUUCCAGUCGACAUUAUCCUCAUAUCACAUUAAGAGAAGGGAUCGGGCUUCAUAUCAAUCUUGACGAACAAGAGGACCAUGACGUCGAUAUCGCGGAAUAUAUUGAUUUUGAACUAAGGAUAGGACACAGCAAUCUUGCCCAGGACAUCAAAAACGAGGUCCGAGAGAAAGCUUCUGGGGUAUUUAUGUGGACUGUUCUUGUCGUUAACAUUUUGAACCGAGAGCGUGGCCGUAUGCAUGCUCUGCGUCAGAAGCUUCGAGAGAUACCACAAAGCUUAAACGACCUUUUCUUCGAUAUUUUGUCUCGAGGCAGUGGGGAUGAAGAUGAGACUCUCCUGUGCUUCCAGUUGAUAUUAUUUGCGCAGCAGCCUCUGACACCUCAGGAGCUCCAUCAUGCUAUCCUUUCACAAGCCGAGGACAACAAUCUGGAACCCAUAGACCUGAGCGAGGAAGACUCACGAAUAUUCCUCAUAGAGUGUUCUAAAGGGCUAAGCGAAACAAUAGGGCACUCCAGGUGCACCGUUCAAUUCAUUCAUGAAUCUGUCAAAGACUUUCUUCUCCAAGGGGAUAGGUUAUAUAACCUGUGGCCCAAACUGGGGAGCAAUCCAAUAGGCAACAGCCACUUACGGCUUAGAGACGUAUGCCUUAAGUGCCUGUCUUCGAAUACAGGCCAAGGGAUUAUCUCUCUAGCGAUAACAAACCGCGAAUUAGCUGGCGCGAUCUCCCCCUUUCUAAAAUAUGCGGCAGAAAGUGUGCUGUUCCAUGCAGAAGCAGCAGCAAGCUUUGGAAUUCAACAGCCAGAGUUCAUUUCUAUAUUUCCUACACAACAAUGGAUCCUGCUCAACAAAGAAAAAGACCGACAACCUUAUCCAGAUGAUACACGGGGUCUAUAUAUUCUAGUUAUAAAGGAUACCCCAAAUCUUCUCGCAUCUUACCCUUCUAUUUUGGACUGCUUUGAGAUACGAUCAGAGCGUUGUGGGUGCCCAUUGCUUGCAGCUAUCAUACAUGAAAGGCGCAACAUCCUUCAGGUUGUCCGAAAUAGACUUGCUGCAUCAACUACAUUUCCAGAGAUAGAUCUCAGUUCCUUCGAGCAAACUGAAUUUAAAUGGGUGCCGAGACCUGCUUUCAAUUUUUCGUCUUCGAAAAGGUCACUCGUAUCAUAUCUGGCAGAGUACGGGGAUCCUAUAUUUUUAAUUACCGCCAUCCAGCAAGACAGUGAAGACCCAGCCUCCCACCAAAAUUUCAGCUCAGACGACGCCAUCUACAAGGCUGUCGCUGAAGGUCAUGAGACUGCGCUCAGAGUUCUUCUUCAUUAUGGGAAAGGGGAUAUCAAUUUUUCGAACGUAAUCGGCCAAAAUCCUCUUUCUCGGGCUAUCUUAGGGGGCCAAAAUAAGACUAUUAAGCUUCUCUUAGCAACGGGUAAAGCUGACCUUGGUUUAAGAGACCAUUCUGGCCAGACCCCGCUUUCUUGGGCUGCCACAACGGGGCAAACUGAGGCCAUCAAGCUUCUCUUAGAAACAGGCCAAGCUGGCCCUGGUUUAAGAGACGACUAUGGCCAAACCCCGCUUUCCCGAGCUGCCAUAGGGGGCCAAACUGAGGCAAUCAAGCUUCUCUUAGCAACAGGUCAAGCUGGCCCUGAUUUAAGAGACGACUAUGGCCAGACCCCACUCACUCGAGCUGCCAUAGGAGGCCAAACUGAGGCUAUCAAGCUUCUCUUAGAAACAGAUCAAGUAGCCCCCGACUCAAAAGAUAACUUUGGCCGGACACCGCUCUCUUUCGCUGCUGAAAGGGGCUGUAUCGAAAUUAUCGAGCUUCUUUUGGCAACAGGCCAAGUCGAUCCUCAUUCAAUAGAUGACUAUGGCCAAACCCCUCUUUCUUGGGCCGAGAGAAGUGGCAGUGUUGAGGCUACCGAGCGUCUUUCGAGCAAUAGGCUCAAUAGACCUUGA